AUGGCUGUUUCCUUUGACUCUUACUCUGAAUGUCUAACAAUUAUAGGAUAUAUUCAUCGACAAGAAGUACACGACAAGAGCUCAAGUCAUGAAACAUCGAUUGCUGACGAGUCCGUAGAGGAAAGGGAAUUGGAUUUAAGCAAUAAAAGGGGCAAUAAAUGUAUGACCAAUUGCUCACAACUAUCACCACAAGCACCAGUCUCUCCACAACGACCCGAGUCCUCGGCCUCUACCCUCUCGUUAUCGUUGAACAGCACUGGAGUCGACGACUCCAACGAGAAUGUGUGUCCCAAGUCUAACUGCACCGUCAGCUAUACAUACGAUGCCUUUUUCAUCAGUGAUGGCCGAUCCAGAAGGAGAAACACGUCGAGUGUCUCGUCAGCGCCUCCACCACCCGAGCACAAGGAGAAGGCGCGCUAUACGUGCACUGAAUGCGGCAAACAUUACGCCACUUCUUCCAACCUCUCGCGACACAAACAAACGCAUCGAAGCCCUGACUCCCAGUUGGCCAAGAAGUGCCCGACCUGUUCAAAGGUCUACGUCAGUAUGCCUGCCCUCGCUAUGCAUGUGCUAACACAUAAUCUCAGCCAUAAGUGCGAAGCCUGUGGUAAAGCAUUCUCGAGGCCAUGGCUUUUGCAGGGUCACAUGAGGUCUCACACGGGAGAAAAGCCUUUUGGGUGCGCACACUGUGGAAAGGCAUUUGCUGAUCGAUCAAAUCUGAGGGCUCACAUGCAGACCCACAGCGCAUUCAAGCACUUCCGAUGCCAGCGAUGCAACAAAUCGUUUGCAUUGAAGUCCUACCUCAACAAACACUAUGAGUCAUCCUGUUUUAAGGACUCCACGUCUAUGCCCGCCAGUCCUAACUCAUCGCUAUCACCGGCGCCCACAACAUCACGUACUAACUCUCCCCGAUCCCUACAUGAGCCCCACAGUCCGUACUCACCUGCAGAUCAUUCACCUCUUAUACUCAACCAAAGCGAUAACAACAGCAAUAGUAGCGGCGCAUCCCAUUCCAGUGCUAAGCAUUACGAGUCAGUAGUGGGCCCUCACUGUCAGUCAUUCACGCGUUUGACUCAUCGCUCAUCACUAGAUAUGAAACUCUAA